AGCAGGGUCAAAGUGCAGCACACAGACUGGACGCAGGGUCGUUGGCGUCUGCACUCAAACAAGAAUGGCUCCGCUGAAGUUCUGCGCGAAUAUUUCCUGGCUGUUCACUGAGCUUCCAGAUUUCAGCCAGAGAAUCUACGCGGCUGCCUCGGCUGGCUUUCAGGCUGUGGAGGCAGGCUGGCUCUACGACUCCGACCUGCACGAGCUUCAGAUGGCCAGGGAGGCUGCAGGAGUGGAGGUGGUCCUCAUCAACACCCCGCCGGGAAAUGUAAAGGCAGGUGAUCUUGGUCUUGGAGCAGUUCCUGGAAGAGAAGCAGAGUUCAGACAGGGUCUGGAUCUUGCUUUGAAGUAUGCAAGAGCUUUGGACUGCAAAAAGAUCCACCUGAUGGCAGGGAGGGUUCCUGUGGGCUCUCCCAGAACAACAGUUGCCAAGGAGAUGGAAGCUAUGUUUGUACAGAACCUAAACUAUGCUGCAGAUAUCCUCUCAAAGGAAGGAAUCACAGGUUUGAUUGAACCAAUCAACACAAGGAUUACAGAUCCUAGGUAUUUUCUGGACUCUCCUCAUCAGGCGGCUGCAAUACUGGAGAAGGUUGGAAAGCCUAAUAUCAAGCUGCAAAUGGAUGUCUUUCAUUGGCAAAUAAUGGAUGGAAACCUGACACAAAACAUACACAAGUAUCUCCCCAUAAUUGGUCAUGUGCAGAUUGCUCAGGUUCCAGGCAGGAAUGAGCCUGACAGUGCCGGAGAGCUCAACUACAGCUACCUGUUAAACACACUGGAAAAGCACCACUACCAGGGAUACAUUGGCUGUGAAUAUAAGCCGCUAGGCUCCACAAAGGAGGGUCUGGGUUGGAUCAAAGAUUACUGCACACACAGGAAGUGAUGAGCACAGGUGUCCAACCACAAAUAUGUUGUUUAAUGGCAGUCCUGUUACACUUGUUAACUUCUACCGGCACUAACACUAUUUUUCUUUUACCUUUGAACAAAUUCUUUCUAUUUUUUAAACACACAUUUUUUUCCUUUAAUAGCAUGUACAAUCCUACCAAAUAAAGCCUGAUGUAAGCCUACUUGA